GCCAAAUUUGCUUCACUAGCUUUGCGAAUAUCCACACAUUUCUUUUUUAUUCAGUGUCAUAGGACAAUUCACAAAUACAUCCGUAAUAAUAUAGCAGAAUUAAAUAUAUUUUCUAUUUUCCACAGACAAUAAAACAGGUAUAAUUUAGGUCAGCAAACAGCUAUUUGUUAGGACCCCGUAAUGCCAACCUAGCAUUGUGGACCUGCAGCCGCUUUUUUGACAGUAGAUCUCAGUUAGUGAUUUUGGGUUAUUUUCCGUUGUUGUUGCUUUGACUGAAUGGAAUCUGACAUUCUCGACUCUCUAGAGGAUCUUGGGUAUCAGGGCCCCCUGCUGGAGGAUGGCGCGCUCCAGUCAGCUCUCAGUGGGGGCGCGGCCUCGCCAGAGUUCACCAAAUUGUGCGCCUGGCUGGUGUCCGAGCUCAAACUCUACUGCAGACUGGAGGAGAAUGUCCAAGCCACUCACUGUCCAAGUGAGGCAGAGGGUUUCCAGCUGGAGGUGAGUGGUCUGCUGUCAGAGCUGUGUUGUCCCUACAGCACUCUCACCUCUGGAGACGUCACUCAUCGUCUGCUUAAUGCCAACAACUGCCAGCUGCUACUCACGUUUCUCAUCUCCGAGCUGGAGGCUUCCAGGAUGGUGCAGGUGAACCAUCCACAGAAAACGUCCCUGGCUUCAGCCAGCAGUACUGGAGCCAGCCAGCUCUUCCUUGAGCUCAAGGGGAUUUGUGUAGCUCUGGGCAUGUCUAAACCUCCAGCCAACAUCUCCAUGUUCCAGUUCUUCACUGGCAUUGAGAAGAAGGUGAAGGAGGCUUUGUCCAGAGUUCCCUCCACUCAUGUUGGGGAACCUCUUUUGAAAAAGACACUUGGGCCUUUUCACUGGGAGAAGAUUGAAGCCAUCAACCAAGCCCUGGCGAACGAGUACGAGGUCAGGAAGCACAUGCUGUUGAAACGUCUGGACGUGACGGUUCAGUCCUUCGGUUGGUCAGACAGAGCAAAGACGCAUGCUGAGAAGCUGUCUAAAGUCUAUCAGCCGCUGCGCUUGGCGCUAGGCUUGAAGGACAGGGUGGGCGUGGCCCACCUGCUGGCGGCCCGAGACGACCUGUCGAAGAUCCUGCGUACCAGCAGCGGCCACAUCAGAGAGAAGACGGCCUGUGCCAUCAACAAGGUUUUGAUGGGUCGUGUUCCAGACAGAGGAGGCAGACCCAAUGAGAUUGAGCCUCCACCUCCGGAGAUGCCCACCUGGCAGAAACGGCAAGACGGACCAGCAGGGAGCGGUGGAGGGCAGCAUUAUGGUGGGGGAGGAAGAGGAGGAGGAGGAGGAGGAGGUGGUGGUGGUGGUGGUGGUGGUGGUGGAAGCAGGGGCGGCUACGAGCAGUACCAGGGCAGCAGAGGUGGUGGGGGCGGGAGGGGUGGUAGAGGCGACAGGGGGGCUAAGGUACAAGGUGGCUGGUCUGAGGGCUCGGGCAGUGGGCACCAGGGUCAAUACCAGGAUGGAGGAGGGUAUCAGGGUGGAGGAAGAGGGGCUUACGGAGGUGGAGGAUAUCAGGCAGCCCAGCAGGGGCCAGGCUAUUCAGGAGGGGGCUACCAAGGGGGCCAGCAAGGGCAGAGCUACCCUGGAGGGGGCUACUAUGGUGGGGGUGUGCCUCAGGGCAGAGGUGGGGGCUACCAGCAUGAGAGCCACUAUCAAGAUGGAGGCCGCCAGCAAGAGAAGGGCAGUCGGGGAGGUCGUGUGGGGAGAGGCAGAGGGGGCAGAGGUGGUGGGGGUCAAAGUGGAGGAUGGGGUGGGAGAGGUGGGCAGAAUUUUAAUCAGGGAGGGCAGUUUGAGCAGUUCUUUCAACAAGGAGGCCACCAGUAUAACCAGUCAGGCUUCGGACAGGGAUAUUACACCAGCUGAGGGAAAAUGUGCUUUAAUCCCUGAUACAAUGAGCAUGUGGGAUCAGGUGAGACGCCAGAAAGAUUCAGGCCUUAAGAACACACCGUGCAGAGAUGGACAGUUUGGACAACAGGGUUCCUGCGUCUGUCUUGUCCUUGGAAACGACAUUGGUGGGAUCUGUGCUGAAAGAACAGUGUGCUUUUUUUAUUGCAUGCGUGUGGUUACGAACCAACAAGCUCGUGUUCCUAGUACAUCUUUUGUAACACCUAAGUUCAUUCAUAAAGUACGUGGCUGAGGUGCAGUUGAUGUCCUGUAAGAACUUUUGGGCCACACGAGGUUUUGACAUUUCAUGUUGCUUAGGUCACCUGCUUGAGUUAUGAUAACCUAAUGUUAUUUCUGAAAAAGCCUUAUACCUGAAAUUGUUCAGCAAGGGGAAGAGAAGCUUUAAGAUUGUUGCAGCAGAUUUAUGGGCACAUCCAUAACUUUGAGUUGACUUCACUGUCCUAGAACUCCAUUCAGAUUCUGUGGUGGUACUGAAAUUGAUCAAUCCUUGAAAAUGAAACUGACUUUAGUACAUUUUUUUGCUUUUUGCUUUAAGUGUUUUGUUUACAAACAAUCCUUACAAGAGGUGAAGGAUAAAGGUAGGCAUUGCCUUUUCUAUCUGAGUGGGGGAAAAUUACUUUGACUCAUUUGUAUUGAAGAACCUAAAGCUGCUUGUUGGGGGGAGGGGGUGUGUUCCUUUGAAAAACAGUUUGAAUGUUCAAAUGGUGACAGCAAUAAAGCAGAGUGUGUUAACAUCA